CCCAACUAGCCGAAUACGAAAGAGAAGAAACCGACAGCCAAACCUCCACCGAAAGCUCUUAUUCUAACCUCACUACUAAAAUUGCCCAAAAAAAGCAAGAACUAGCCCAACUUCGCGACACUACCCGCAAGCCUACUAAAUUUCUCAGAAAAGAAAUCGAACUUUUAGAAAAACUGCAACAAUUAGAAAAUAAAGUUAGCGAACUAGAAGAAAAAGAAGCUAAUUAUCGACAACAAUUAAGCCAAAAAGAGCAAACUAUUAGCCAAAAACAAGGGCAAAUUGAACAGUUAAAAAACGAAAAGAAUACACAAAAAAAAGCCCAAGAAAAAGCCGAACAAAAGAUUAAACAAGAAAAAACGGGCUUAACUAGCCAAAUUACCCAACUAAAAGAACAAAAAGAUACUUUCCAAAAAAGUGCCGAUUACUUACGGGAAACUUUACGAGGCACGGAGAAGAGUUUGGAGGAUAUUAAGCAAGAGUUAGCGAAAAGCCAAACCCAAAAUCAAACUAAUGAGCAGACUUACCAGCAAAGUUUAACGGAAAAAAAUGAAGAGUUAAGGCAAAGAAAUGAGGCUUUUAGAGUGUUACAAGAAAGGAAUGCUGGCUUACAAGCUAACUUAGCUAAGGCCAGUGAAGAAAAUAGCCAGUUAAGCGAAUUAGCUAAGUCCCAGCAAGCUAUUUUAGCGUUACAAGAACAAUUGACUAGUCCAGAUAGUAGUUCGCCUCGACCCUUUUUGCCUCCCCGGCCUAGAAUAGUUAGCCCUGACCCGUAUGUUUUACCUGCCCAACCGGAAAUGGUUAGCUGUCCAGCCUUUAUCCCGCCAAGCGAACUUAGUGAAGAAGAAAAAAACCAAAGAAAAGCCCAAGAACAAGCCGAUUAUGAGGAGUUAGUUAAUCCUGAACUCAUGACUACUUGGGACUGUUUGCUAGACUUGUUGCCGGAAAAUUGA